CUCCCCCAAAAUUUAAAAAUCCAAAAAAAAAAUUAAAAAUAUUUUAAAAACCCUCUUUUAAAAAAAAAAAGAGCAGCGGGGGAAAACAUUUUUGAAAACACCAAACCGCUGGAAAAGAGAGAAGGCGGCCGGGACACCGCUUCUGCCCCUCCGCCUGUCUGUCUGUCCGUCCGUCCUUCCGACCGCGGCCCUGCAGCCCUGACCCCAGCUUGACCUUUACCCCGGCCCCGUGUCUGGCCACCCGGGCCGACCGCGUGUCCGUCUGUGUGUCCGUCUUCAGCCUGGUGACCCUCCAUCUCGUGUCCUUCUGUCCGGUCCCGGCCUGGUCAGCCUCCACCUCGUGUCCUACUGUCCGUUUUCAGCCCGGUCAGCUUCCAUCGGUGUCCUUCUGUCCGUCUCCAGCCUGGUAACCCUCCAUCUCGUGUCCUUUUGUCCGUCUCCAGCCUGGUCAUCCUCCACCUCGUGUCCUUCUGUCCGUCCUCGGCCAGAUCAGCUUCCACCUCGUGUCCUUCUGUCCGUCCCCGGCCUGAUCAGCUUCCACCUCGUGGCCUUCUGUCCAUCCCCAGCCUGAUCGGCUUCCACCUCGUGUCCUUCUGUCCGUCUCCUGCCUGAUCGGCUUCCACCUCGUGUCCUUGUGUCCAUCUCCAGCCUGAUCGGCUUCCACUUCGUGUCCUUUUGUCCGUCCCCACCCUGAUCAACUUCCACUUCGUGUCCUUUUGUCCUUCCCCAGCCUGAUCAACUCCCACCUCUUGUCCUUCUGUCUGUCCUCAGCCUGAUCAGCUUCCACCUCGUGUCCUUCUGUCCGUCCUCAUCCUGAUCAGCUUCCACCUCGUGUCCUUCUGUCCAUCUCCAGCCUGAUCACCUUCCACCUCGUGUCCUUCUGUCCAUCUCCAGCCUGAUCAACUUCCACCUCGUGUCCUUCCGUCCAUUUCCAGCCUGAUCAGCUUCCACCUCGUGUCCUUCUGUCCGUCCCUGGCCUGGUCAACCCAACCGCGUGUUUGUCCAUCAGUCUCCCCCUGGCCUGGUCAGCUUCCUCCUUGUGUCCGUCCCCCACCUGGUCAGCUCCACCGCGUGUCUGUCCACCUGCCCGUCCCUGGCCUGAGCAAUCGCCGCCUCCGACUGCCCCCCUCGUCGGAAGAGUAUUUACUGUUUCUUUUACUCGUAUUAUUUAAACCCCCGAAAUCGAAGAGUUAUAUUUAUAAGAGGAGAAAUAUUAUUUAAAGAGAAAGACGUUUAUAUUAAAAAAAAAAAAGCCUUCUAUUUAAAGAACUUAUUUUGGGGGCCUUAGAGUCCAGGUUCGGAGAAAUUCGGGGUGAUAGGGAAAAAGCGUAGCUUCAAAAGGAAUACACGGAAAAACAAGUUUUAGCCAGAAAGUUUGAAAACCGUGAAACACCGAGGAAAAGGAGAGGGGAGGUUUCUGUUAUCUGGUGGCUUUUGAGACUCAUAUUUGAAGGUUUCUGUUUCUUUUUGGUGCACAGGACAGCCUUUGCCCCUGCCAUCUGUCCUGUGGCCCACCAGAAAAAGCUUCACCCUCAUCCCCCCAAAUUUUCAGUUCAUCACCAGUCACCACCCCCUUGCAGUGCAGAUUGCUUUCUUGCAUCGUCUUUUCCCUUCCUACCCUGAUUCCCCACCUAUCCUAACCUCUUAAAUGUUCUUCUGCCUUCUCUAACCAGCUUCGGGUUAAGAUUUUUUUAAGCAGAUCGCCUCCUUUCCCGGUUUGGUUUUGAUUUAUUUUUCCCCCUUGCUCGUCUCCCUCAAAGACUGACUCCUGGCGGGGCUCGGGGUUUUGGGCGGUGGGGAGAUGAGCACCACUGCCAGUAGCUAUCCGAUGGCAUCUCUCUAUGUGGGUGACCUGCACCCCGAUGUCACAGAGGCCAUGCUCUAUGAGAAGUUCAGUCCUGCAGGGCCUGUCCUCUCCAUUCGAGUCUGCAGGGAUAUGAUCACCCGCCGCUCCCUGGGUUAUGCAUACGUCAACUUCCAGCAGCCAGCUGAUGCUGAACGCGCCCUGGACACCAUGAAUUUUGAUGUGAUUAAAGGCAAGCCCAUCCGCAUCAUGUGGUCUCAGCGGGAUCCUUCGUUGAGGAAAUCUGGGGUUGGCAAUGUCUUCAUCAAGAAUCUGGAUAAAUCCAUAGACAACAAAGCCCUCUAUGACACCUUCUCGGCGUUCGGGAACAUCUUGUCCUGCAAGGUGGUGUGUGAUGAGAAUGGCUCUAAGGGCUACGCGUUUGUGCACUUUGAGACCCAGGAUGCCGCCGACAGGGCCAUCGAGAAGAUGAACGGCAUGCUGCUCAACGACCGCAAAGUGUUCGUGGGUAGGUUCAAGUCCCGAAAAGAACGGGAGGCCGAGUUGGGAGCCAAAGCCAAAGAAUUCACGAAUGUUUAUAUCAAAAAUUUUGGGGACGACAUGGAUGACGAACGACUGAAGGAACUUUUUAGCAAAUAUGGUAAGACCCUGAGCGUAAAGGUGAUGACAGACCCCAGUGGGAAGUCCAAAGGCUUUGGCUUUGUGAGCUUUGAAAAACAUGAGGAUGCCAAUCAGGCAGUCGAAGACAUGAACGGGAAGGACAUCAACGGGAAAAUGGUAUUUGUCGGCCGGGCGCAGAAGAAAGUCGAACGCCAGGCUGAGCUCAAACGGAAAUUUGAACAGCUGAAGCAAGAAAGAAUCAGCCGCUACCAGGGAGUGAAUCUGUACAUUAAGAACCUGGAUGACACCAUUGACGAUGAAAAACUACGGAAGGAAUUUUCUCCUUUUGGGUCGAUCACCAGCGCAAAGGUGAUGCUCGAGGAGGGACGGAGCAAAGGCUUUGGCUUCGUCUGUUUCUCCUCCCCCGAGGAGGCCACCAAGGCGGUGACGGAGAUGAACGGGCGGAUUGUGGGCUCUAAGCCGUUGUACGUGGCCCUGGCCCAGCGGAAGGAGGAGCGGAAGGCCCACCUGACCAAUCAGUACAUGCAGCGCAUCGCCGGAAUGCGGGCCCUCCCUGCCAAUACCAUCAUCAACCAGUUCCAGCCGGCCGCCGGGGGCUACUUCAUGCCCGCUGUUCCGCAGGCUCAGAGUAGACCCACCUACUAUGCACCCAAUCAGAUGGCUCAGAUGAGACCCAACCCUCGCUGGCAACAAGCAGGGAGGCUGCAAGGCUUCCAAGGAAUGCCAAACGCCAUGCGCCAGUCUGGGCCUCGCCCAGCCCUGCGCCACCUGACCCCAGCGGGUAACGCUCAGGCCUCUCGCGGCCUCCCGGCUGCUCCCCAGAGAGUUGGGGUUCCUCCUGCCGCGCAGAAUUUAGCUCCCCGCGCCCCCGUGGCGGCAGCUACCCCCCGGGCUGUCCCUCCUUACAAAUACGCCUCAAAUGUUCGCAGCCCCCACCCAGCCAUUCAGCCUUUACAGGCCCCUCAGCCUGCCGUGCACGUGCAAGGACAGGAGCCUCUUACAGCUUCCAUGCUGGCAGCCGCUCCGCCUCAGGAGCAGAAACAGAUGUUGGGAGAACGCUUGUUCCCACUGAUCCAAGCUAUGCACCCCAGCCUGGCGGGAAAGAUCACAGGGAUGUUGCUGGAGAUCGACAAUUCCGAGCUGUUGCACAUGCUGGAGUCGCCUGAGUCCCUCCGCUCGAAGGUGGAGGAGGCCGUGGCAGUACUACAGGCUCACCAAGCCAAGAAGGAAGCAGCCCAGAAAGUGGGCGUGGUUGCUGCUACCUCUUAGAUGGGGAAGGCUGGACAUGAAGAAGCCGAAUACCCCCUUCGUAGAUAUUAGCUUAAGAUGUGUGGAGAUGUCUUCACUGUCCCGUAGAUCCGAAUGCCAAGAAAUAUGUCACCGAAGUUUUUUGCCAUUUUUGUAAACUUUCUUUGAAAAGCCAUUUCAGAAAGUCAGCUUGUGGAAAAGGUCUGGGCUUUCAGGAUCCAAGCUUUUUGUCUGCAGCCGGGGCAGUGCCGACACCUUCCUCUUUUCUAAACAGAAGGAACUUUUCUGACUGAAAGUAUUUUUGGGGAUUUCGGUUUUAUCAGGAGUUGGUUUUAUUUGGACUCUCCAGUUUGUGAAGUCUCGUAAAGUUUCUCAAUAAAGAAAUAAAAACCUUCAUUAAA